UCAAUUCUAGUGCAAAGUUCUCCAUUUUCUUUUUCAAUUCUUGACUAAUUGAACGGCGCCAUGUCUUCGGCAGUAAUUUACAAUAAUGUACCCACGCCAAGUUGCAUGCAAACGCCACUCUCGGUCGCCACACCCGACGGCGGCCUACUGUAUACCGGCUUUAAAUGCAUCAAUUACAUACCGGCAAUGGCCGCCAACGACAAGGAUGCGGCCGAAGUGAAAACCAUGUCGACGCGCAUAACCAUAAACGGACUCGAUGUCAGCCCCAUGUGGGGCAAGCAGCAGCACACUGACUUGUUGUCGAUACACGGCAAACACUUUGCUAUUGUCGCAGAGGAUUUGAGCGUUCAAGUGUGGGAUUGCGCCCUGGGUGAGGCUAUUAUCGGCCACAAGGCCCAUCAGCACGAGUCGCGCGAUGCGCGCAUGUAUCCACUGCUAAACGUGCUCAUGAGCUACAUAUCAAAUGGUAAUAUACUAUCCAUUGACGCCAGCGAUUUGGUCAUCUAUUGCGUCGCAUCGAACAGCUACUGCCGGCGUCCCACUUUCUUGUCGCAGCGUAACCACAACCUGACAGUGCUCCGCUGCUCGCCUUACAAUGAGCAUCUGUUUGCUGUUGGCACAUCGGCUGGCUCGAUUUUGGUGUGUGAUUUGCUCAAAAUGUGCAUUGUGCACAAGCUGAACGCACAUGGCCAGAAUGCCAGCAUUUGUGGUCUGGCCUGGCGGCAAAUGUCCAUCCGGCACGAUGAUUCGUUAGCCGAAAAGGCAGAACACGACAGGAAACCCGAACAGUGGCGCAGUAGUCCACCUGCAGCCGCUGCCAAGGCCCCGCUGUUGAAGUCCCAAGCGGCAGCUGAGUCCGACGAUCUUUUCGAUAUUUACAAUUUUGAUCAUCUGGAGUCGGAGUUUGGUGUACCCACCAGCGUGCGACCGCGUCUGGCCAGCAAAUCCUCCGAUGAGUGUGGCGAUUUUGUGGGUCUCGAAAAGCCGAACGCCGACAAUGUGACCAUCGACUACAGGGAGGCCUGUGAAGCCAUGAAGGCGGAACUGGUAGCCCAUCGUGUUAAUCCAGCUGACAUUGAGCCGCAGGUGGAGGUUACCCUACAGGACUGCCAGCAAACGGGCACAUGUGGUCCGCGCAGCGACAACAGCAGCGGCUACUCGCAAGAGAAGCAGCAGAGCGGCACACUGGUCAGCGGCUCCAGCGAAGGCAGCCUCGAGGUCAUACAGUUUAGCUCCUCCAGCGAUGACGCUGUCAUCGUGGACGGCGAGGCUCCAAAGCCCAAACGUGAGGUAUUGCAUCACAUUUACCACCAGGCCGAGGUGCAUGAUGCACCCGAAUCGCCAAAGCUGCAGCUGCAGGCCCCAGUCCCAGCUCAGCCGGAAGCCAGCGUCAAGCUCACACAGGAAGUCAGCUUGGACACGCCGAGCUUGGGCUCAUCGGAAGCGCCGGCAUGUCCAGAUGUACUGCUGGCAUCCAUUAAUGACCACGAUAUUAUCAUGAUCUGGAAUGCGCUCACGGGCGAGCAUUGCGCCAAGAACUACAGUAAAAAUAAUUCCGCGGCCAAGCCCAAGCAGGUGCACUGGCUCAAUGACCACACCAUUGUCUCCCUGAGUCGCCAUCAGUUGUUCUUCUGGGCGGUCGCCUACGAUGCUAAGACGCGUCACUAUAAAAUCCACAAGGAUCAGCUGCACAAGAGUUCACUGCAAGACAUUAUUUCUUGCGUGGUCAGCGCUGCGUACCCACAUAUAUGGCUCGGCCUAAGAAAUCGCCGUGUGGUUAUAUUGAAUCCCCUAAACGGACAAGUGGACGCGGUCUACGGCUGCUUGGCGUUUGGUGUGCGCGCCAUAGCCGAGUGCCCGGAUGAUAUGAACAAGAUCGCACUUGGCUGCUCGGACAAACGGCUGGCGCUGUUCGACAUAUCCAAACUGUCGGCGCGCUGCAUACCCAUUGAGAGCGUCCACGUGAACAGCGUCGUCUACUCGCUAGCCUGGAGUCCGGACUGUCUGCAGCUGGCCUAUGGCACCUUUGAUGGCAUGGUGGGCAUACUGGAUGUGGAGCGUAUGAGGGUGAAGACUACGUUUCGACCAGUGCAGAAAAAGGAAAUCUAUUCGAUAAUGUGGAAGGAGAACUAUAUCUACUUUAUAGUGAAUCGUCUGCUGGGCAUCUACGACGUCUCGCAGCCCAAGAAAGACGCCCUGCUGCUGCGCUAUGUGGAGCGUCCCAGUUAUCUGUACGUGCGUGGCGCGUUUCUAUUUAUCGGCACCGAGGAUGGGCUACUGCAGCUGUAUCAUCGCAAGCCUGGCCAGGAAUUGGGCUACACUUGUCUGCGCCAGUCGGCCUUGUUGGCGCGUUAUGUCACAGAUAUUGCAUUUAAUCCGCUGGAUAGCAAAGUGUUUGCUGUCGUUGGCCAUGAUAGAGUGAUCCAUGUCAUGGAAUUUCAGCUGCACACCCGCAGCUGGUCCACGCUGCACAAGCUGGAGGCCAGCGAUCCAAAGGCGUCCAUUACGUCGGCCAAGUGGAGUAAUCUGCAUGAACAUUUGCUGCUCACUUUUCACAUUGAGGGCAAGGUGUGCAUGUGGAACACCAAGGAGCCGGAGCAGCCGCCCUUGACCAUCACCUACCACUGUCCCAUGUGGUGCGGCCUCUUCUUGCCCUCCAAUGAGAGCAUUAUCAUGUGCGGCGGCAAAACGCUAUCGCUAGAGCUGAUUAGCAUUAAAGAGGCUUUGGAGCGCAAAGAGAAGCAAAUCUGCUCCAAAAUGGAUGCGCUGCUCAAGGUCAAAUGGGCCAGCAAAUCUCUCACGCAGCCCCAUGGACCUGUGCUGAACGCCGCACAAAAGAAGCGUCAGCGCCGCGACAAGCGCAAGGCCAACCAGGCUGACCAGCCGCCCGCUGUUGUGGAGCAGCCCUCCAAUUCCACUGAACAGCCAGCCGAGGACUCCGCUGUCGGGCCAGUCGGGCAGAUGCCGCCCAUUGAGUCCAUGCUGGGCGCUCUUAGUCUGGAGACAAAGAGCACAAACACAAGCUCCAUGCUGGAGUGCACCAAGUGCAAGCAAUUGGAAUCACAGCCGUUGCUCAACAGCUUUUUGGCCCACAGCCGCACCUGCCUCUGCCUGGCCCAAAAGGAGCUGAAUAAAUACGCGCUGGACAAGCUGGCCAUAGUUCUCACUGAGGAUCCGGCCAAGAUAGACAAUUCCGUGCUCAUGUCCAAGCUCUUUAGCACCAAAGUCAUGGCCAAGGAACUGGUUGCCACGGAGCUUAACAAUCUGAAGCAUUCCAACAACAAGGACAUUGCGCCCCUCAAUCUGGCCUUAACCACGUUCAAGGUGCGCGAAGAAUUGGAGCAGCAUAUAGCAAAUAAAACGCUCACCGAGUGGCACGUGUCUGUGGCGCCGGCUGUGUCCUAUGUUUUUUGGCAGAUGUGCUGCAGAGCCUACGCCUUGCAAAUGGAAGAGCAGGGCUAUAUACUGCAUGCAGCCACCUAUAUGUUGGCCGUUGACAUGCAGACCGAGGCCAUCAAUUUGCUGCUGAAACACGAGUACUUCAAGGAGGCAUUGGUCAAUGCGCGCAUUCAUCUGCCCGCCACAGAUCCCAUUAUCAAGAUCAUUAUCAACAAGUGGCUGGAGCAGCUCGAGAAAACGGGCAGCUAUGCAGCGGCGGCACUUAUCUGCGUGCUGGACAACGAGAUGCUCCGUGGCUAUUUGUAUCUGCGCAAGUUUCGCAACUGCACGCCGGAAAUAGCCGAUCUAAUGGAGCAGAUCAAGCGCAUAGGUCAGCUGGGACCCAUGUUUGAUGAUGGCUGCCCGGUCGGAGACGAGAAUGCUGAGGACGCAGAGGAGGCGGGCUGAAGCCCAGCACACAGCAGGCUGUUUAAGUUUAGCUUAAGAUUUAGUUAGAACACACACAAAUCCAACGAGCUUCUUCGAAUAGUUCAAAACUAAACACUUGAAAUUGCAUGGAAAACAAAAACUAGUUUUUAUCACUGAAAGUAAAACAACAACAUAUUAUAAUUUAAGUGUUCAGCCCUUUGUUAACCAGCGAAUUGAUUUAUGCUCAAAAGAAUUUUUCAUCAAUUAUGUGUCUCCAAUCGUUUGUGAACCGUUUGGAAAGAAAACCCCAACAUGAAUUUAUACGAAUUACAAUUCAAAAUGUCCAAGGCAACAAAACUAACAUACAAAGAAGAAGUUAAAUAA